AUGGGACUUUACCCUGGUACCGUCAAGGAUCCCCAUACCGCCUUCACAUUCGCCGUCCUCGACGAUUUCCUUCUGGAGAACAAAGAGUGCAAGACGGCGGCAUUGAACUACUACAGCAAGCUCAAAUGGGUCACGAGCAAUGCCUUCCCUGGCACCAUUCCCGACCGUUAUCGUGAGCUGAUGCGGGUGUCCCGCCAAUGGUGCCAACUCAAAUAUCGCAAGUGGCACGGCUUCUCACACGAUGCCCUCCGUCCUGUGGAGAAGGGUGGCCUCGCCAUCUUUUGUCCCGCCUGUCCCCAGCCUGGGCUCAACCUGCCUUUCGAUUGGCAAGCGGAUCCAGUGCAGUGGAAGUUCAAACACGGCUUUGUCAUGGAUGGCAAUUUCAGUGCAGAGCACAUGAAGAUGAAGCACCCCGAGGAGGACGUCGCCCUUAGUAACGGCCAGGCAUUCAUGGUCGGCCAAGAGGAUUACAAGGCUCAUCUGGCGGUGGCCAUGGAGUCGCAUCAGGUGCGUGUCUGGCUGCACGUUCUUCUUCCGCCCUUGACUCCUAAGCCCACCAGCCGCUCCACUUGUCAUGAGCACCGCGCUGUCAAUCAGGCCAAUGUGGAUCGCGCCAACCUUGACGCCACAGGAAUCGGGGCCACUGCUUGCACCAGACAUGGUUUCUUCGUCCCUCAUACUGUCGUCGAUUUCCAGAAGGGAGAAAGACAAAUGAAUAUGGAUUACUCUCUCAGCAAUGCGCUCCUGACCCUCACCGGUAUCACCCUCGUCCUCGUCAUGUACGACAUCAUGUGCCAGUAUGGCAUCCAUGUCCGCAAACGUUUCCGCCACAGCGCCUAUCUGAGGAUGCCCUUCGAGCUCAAGAUAGACCAAGGCAUCGGCUUGUUUCAUGUGCACGGACACCAAGAUUGCUGCUUCCAAUGGUUCUCGCCCAACUUUAUAGUUGGCGCUGGUAUGGUCGAUGGCGAGGUCAUCGAGACCCUGGGCAUGACCCGAGCUCACCGCCAAGAAGUCCUUGACGAUCACAUGAAUGACUCCAACUGGAAGAAGACGACUCGCAUGGUGCUAACCUUGAUGACAAAGUGGAAACGCGUGCUCCUGGGCUUCCCAAGAAGCAAGGAGUCCUUUGAAGCUUUAUCUGCAUCCACAGAUGAGGAGGUCCUUGAGGCAUGGCAGAAGGAGUACGACGACGCUAUGGAGGCUCGCCAAAAUGAUCCGAAGAUUAUGGACACCUUCGAUGUCCAGCUCAGGAAGGCCCCGGGUAAAGACCUCACCCAACUCAGACUGGCGGGUGAGGAGUCCGCCAAGGGCUUGGAGAAGGGCACCGCCGGAUGGUUGUCGACUGGCCUCAAAAUUCAAGAAGCACAGCUUAAGCUUGCGAAUGAUAUCCGCAAGGCGGGUCAAAAUCCGAGCGUGGCGGAGGACCUCAAGACUCUCGAGCGCCAUCAGCACCUCGAAGUCAGCAUUCUCACAUUCCAACGUCGCUCUGAGAAGUUCAUGGGAAGGUUGGAGGACGUUCCCGCCAUGGAAGAUUGUGAUGAUGGUGCGCUCUGA